AUGAGUUCGGUUAGCUCGUGUCUUUCGUGGUACGACAAAGGGUCAGAUCAACCUCUCGAUCCGAACGAGUUCGUAGCGCAAUCGGCGCGAGAGUGUGCUCUGCUUGACCACCGACCUCCUCAGCCUCUCUACUUGCUUCCUUAUUACCAUGGUACGCUAACCGUCGAGGACGCUGAGGACCGACUUCACUUACGCGGCCAAUUCCUACUGUUCCAAACCAUGGAACUUCAGCUGCAAAUUAUGGUUUUGGGGGAAAACGAUCAGAGCUAUUCGCUGCCGAUCCACCAAGACCCGGAUAGCACUUCCUUCUGGAUUCAACCCGAAGAUAUGGAGCUGCAAUUCACGGCCGUAGAGAAGCUCAUUACCUACUACAUAACCUACAAAAUACCGAUUAAGGCGUUGUCUAGAGAGCGCAACAAGAGAGAGUCUGUUAUCAAGAUAUUUCGAGAACCUGGUAUAAGCUCGAGCAAGUUUUGCGUAGUUAUUCUUGCAACUGGACCUCUUCUGCUGACCAGCGUUGACCAAGACACCCAGUCCUUCUGCGGGACAACGCCAGGUCGCAUGUCGCAAGAAUAA